AUGAAACCGGGUAUACCAGGACAGGGAUGGGUAUCUCCAUUUGUUGUAAAUGCAGAAUUUUGUGUGGCUCUCCUACGUGACAGGAUUGAACGGGCAGAUUUCCCUGUUUGCGACGGAAGAUUCCCAUGGCUAAAAAUGAUCCCACUGAAAGUACUGGGAUUCGUUUGGCGUGCUAAACAGAACAAGAUAGCCUCAUCUGAAGCCCUCCAAAAAGGGGCAUUAUAUUGGAAUCGUCCUUGUAUGUAUCAUCCAGGUGUCAAUAAACAACCAAGAGCUACUGAAAAGUUUAAAGAGAUCAGUGAUGCGUAUGAGGCAGAUGAAGAUAUGUAUUAUGACACAGCAGCCUACCUAGUAUUACAUGUACUUAUUGUUCUUUCUCAGUAUCUAUCAAUGGAGAUCAUGAAGUCACCCCAAACUGAUGAUCCAACUCAGAAAAACACACUUCCUAUCUUCAAGUUCCUUCCGCUCAUGAUUGGCUAUUUUUCUCUAUCUGUCCUAUCGGGAUUGUCAAUUUAUUGGUUUACAAACAAUGUGUUGAGUACAGCUCAGCAAGUAUGGUUAAGAAAAUUGGGAGGUGCAAAGCCUGUUGUGGAUGAGAAUGCAGGUGGAAUAAUAAGUGUGUGGCGUGCAAAAAGAUCCUCUUCUCAACCAUCAGAGUCCUCUGGUGCUAGGCUUAAACAGCUAAAGGAAGAAGAAAAGAGAAAAUCAAAUAAGGCACUGCCUGAAUAGAUGAAGCAGAGUAGGUGAAUGGGUAAUGAUGUUUGUAAGUUUCUUUCCUACUCUGAUUGAUACACUAAAUGACCAUCUUUAUUUUGCAGAUACUGAUAAAUACAUGAAUGGUGGUUGUUUCCAAGGUCUUCAUAAGCUUUUUCUGUUGUUGU